GCCUGAGAACCGAGAGAGGGCUCCCGCACAUGCGCCUUGAGGGAAGAUGGCACCUGCUGGCUGCUGGUGCUGCUGCAGCUGGGGCGGCGCUGUGGCUGCCGCGGGCGCCGCCCGGCGCGUCCUGCUGCUGCUGCUGCUGCUGGGGGUCCUGUCCGCCGGGCUAUGCCCGGGUGCCUUGGCCACCGAGCACUACUCGCCACUCUCCCUGCUCAAGCAGGAGCUGCAGCACCGGCAGCAGCAGGAGGCCUCGACGGGCGGCGGCGGCGGCUGCAGCCCUCAGUCCCGGGACUGGGGGGACCAGUAUUCUGCCGAAUGCAGCGAGUCGUCCUUCUUGAACUUCCAUGACUCAGACUGCGAACCCAAAGGAUCCCCACCCUGUGACUCCUUGCUUUCCCUCAAUACUGAAAAGAUUCUGAGUCAGGCCAAGUCUAUUGCAGAACAAAAGAGAUUCCCAUUUGCUACUGAUAAUGAUAGCACCAAUGAAGAGUUGGCUAUCGCUUACGUUCUGAUUGGCAGUGGUCUCUAUGAUGAAGCAAUAAGGCAUUUUUCAACAAUGCUUCAGGAGGAGCCUGAUCUGGUUAGUGCAAUUUAUGGCCGAGGGAUAGCCUAUGGAAAGAAGGGACUACAUGACAUUAAGAAUGCUGAGCUUGCUCUGUUCGAACUGAGCCGAGUAAUUACCUUGGAACCAGAUCGUCCAGAGGUAUUUGAGCAGCGAGCAGAAAUUCUAUCCCCUCUGGGUCGCAUUAACGAAGCAGUGAAUGAUCUCACUAAAGCUAUUCAACUUCAGCCUUCAGCUCGGCUGUACAGACACCGAGGGACCCUGUACUUCAUAUCAGAGGACUAUGCAACAGCCCAUGAAGACUUUCAGCAGUCCUUAGAACUGAACAAAAACCAGCCCAUAGCUAUGCUGUACAAAGGUCUAACUUUCUUUCACAGAGGACUUCUGAAGGAAGCUAUUGAAUCCUUCAAAGAAGCCUUGAAGCAGAAAGUUGAUUUUAUUGAUGCAUAUAAAAGUCUAGGGCAGGCCUAUAGGGAACUCGGGAAUUUCGAAGCAGCCACUGAGAGCUUCCAGAAGGCACUAUUGCUCAACCAAAAUCACGUACAGACCCUCCAGCUCCGGGGAAUGAUGCUCUAUCACCACGGCAGUUUACAGGAGGCCCUGAAGAAUUUUAAGAGGUGCCUACAGCUGGAGCCAUAUAAUGAGGUCUGCCAGUACAUGAAGGGGCUCAGCCAUGUGGCAAUGGGCCAGUUUUAUGAAGGGAUAAAAGCACAGACCAAAGUUAUGCUAAAUGACCCUCUCCCAGGCCAGAAGGCUAGCCCAGAGUAUCUUAAAGUGAAGUAUCUCCGAGAGUAUUCUCGAUAUCUUCAUGCACACCUUGAUACCCCUCUUACGGAGUACAACAUUGAUGUGGAUCUGCCUGGAAGCUUCAAGGACCACUGGGCUAAAAAUCUACCUUUCCUCAUAGAAGACUAUGAAGAGCAGCCAGGGCUACAACCCCACAUCAAAGAUGUGUUACAUCAGAAUUUUGAGAGUUACAAGCCUGAAGUACAAGAACUGAUUUGUGUGGCCGAUCGUUUGGGAUCACUAAUGCAGUAUGAAACACCUGGCUUCCUGCCAAACAAGAGAAUACACAGAGCCAUGGGUCUGGCAGCACUGGAGGUUAUGCAGGCUGUGCAGCGCACGUGGACCAACUCGAAGGUUCGGAUGAACGGAAAAACCCGGCUGAUGCAGUGGAGAGACAUGUUUGACAUUGCAGUAAAAUGGAGGAGGAUUGCUGACCCAGAUCAGCCUGUGCUGUGGUUAGAUCAAAUGCCAGCACGAAGUCUCAGCAGAGGUUUUAACAACCACAUCAAUUUAAUUAGGGGUCAGGUGAUUAACAUGAGAUACCUGGAAUAUUUUGAGAAGAUACUUCAUUUUAUUAAAGAUAGGAUUCUUGUUUAUCAUGGAGCUAAUAACCCUAAAGGACUGUUGGAAGUUCGAGAAGCUCUGGAAAAGGUGCAUAAGGUGGAAGACCUACUUCCAAUUAUGAAACAGUUUAAUACUAAAACGAAGGACGGGUUCACCGUGAACACAAAAGUUCCCAGCCUCAAAGACCAAGGGAAGGAAUAUGACGGAUUCACGAUCACUAUCACGGGAGACAAAGUUGGCAAUAUACUAUUUUCUGUGGAAACUCAAACCACAGAAGAAAGGACACAAUUAUAUCAUGCUGAAAUAGACGCACUUUAUAAAGAUCUGACAGCAAAAGGAAAAGUAUUGAUUCUUUCUUCAGAAUUUGGGGAGGCUGAUGCUGUCUGCAACUUAAUCUUAUCCUUAGUUUAUUACUUUUAUAAUUUAAUGCCACUUUCUCGAGGAUCCAGUGUAAUCGCUUACUCGGUCAUCGUGGGAGCACUGAUGGCAAGUGGAAAAGAAGUAGCAGGAAAAAUUCCCAAAGGGAAGGUACAUUGGAACUGGAAGGGGAACGUUUGGUUGUAUGUUGAAUCCCAGUCUGUGGAUUUAUAUUUUAAGGUGUGUAAGUCAAACAGAUCUCAAUCUGUGACUUUUCCUCUGUAUUUAAUGGCACUCCCAAAUUUAUUUCUUUUUCAGUUAGUUGACUUUGAAGCUAUGACAGCCCCUGGUUCAGAGGCCUUUAGCAAAAUAGCCAAAAGCUGGAUGAACUUGAAAAGUAUUUCACCUUCUUAUAAGACUCUUCCAUCAGUAUCAGAGACGUUUCCAACGUUAAGGUCGAUGAUUGAGGUGCUAAACACCGACUCCUCCCCACGUUGUCUUAAGAAGCUCUAGUUCCGCUGUGGUAUUUAUACAAGUAAAGGGCCGGACCUCUUGCUGUUUAAGUUAUUUUUUAAAACAUGAAAUUAUAAAGAAAUUAGGUCCUUACUUUUGAUACCAACUUUUGAUAGGAAUUGAAUACUUGAAAUCAUUUUCUUUACUUUUCUGAACCAUAACAGAAAUCACGAAAGAGGUUUUUUGGAGGAGGAAAGCUACUUGACUGGGAGGAAAAGUGUAUGUAUUAGCCAGUGGCCUAUUGGUUUCCACUUAAAAAGUCACACAACUUCUUCCUUGCAGCAAAAUAAAAUAGUUUUCUUCAUCAACCAAAAAUUAAUAAUGAAGGUGAACAAAACCAAUAACCGAAUAGGAGUGUUUUCAUUCCUUUAUUUUCAAAGACUUUCUUUUUAGGCACAUUGUAAUAGGAUGUCUUUUUUUUUGACUCACAUAAUCUCCAUGUGUGGGUUCUCCCUCUUACUUGAGCUGUGAAAGAUUCAUGGGCCAAUAGUACAUGUCACAUAGCCAAGAACGCUAGUUUUGAAUGAUACAAGCAGUAUUCACCAAUGUCCCAAACACAGAAUUAUUGAAUCUUUUUUUAUUUUAUUUGUUAGAAAAAAAUAAACUCGGGUGAUUUCUGUAAAUCACCAGUUUGGGGCACUG